CAGGAAGGCUUGCAACAGCAGGUGCAUGGCGUGAUCGGAUUGUGUCUUAAGAAGAACAUCCCGUGGGAGAGAUGGGGAUACUUGGAAGGAGGCUGCUUGCCUGACCUGGCUGGAAGGUGAUAGGAACUGAGGGAACUAAAAAUUUCGCUUUGGUGGAGGAGCAUCGUCUACUUCCUCUGUCUCCUUAGCUCCCAGCUAACGGGAACCUGUGUCCACAGAAUGCUGUCCAGUUUCAACGAGUGGCUUUGGCAGGACAGGUUCUGGUUACCGCCCAACAUCACAUGGACACAGCUGGAAGACCGGGAUGGCCGUGUCUACCCUCAUCCCCAGGACAUGCUGGCAGCCCUGCCCCUGGCGCUGGUCCUCCUGGCCAUGCGCCUCACCUUUGAGAGAUUCAUUGGCCUGCCCCUGAGCCGGUGGUUAGGUGUACGGGAUCAUAUCAGGAGGCAGGUGAAGCCCAACGCCAGACUGGAGAAACACUUCCUCACAGAAGGCCACAGGCCCAAAGAGCCCCAGCUGUCCCUCCUGGCUGCCCAGUGUGGCCUCACACUGCGACAGACUCAACGAUGGUUCCGGAGACGCCGGAACCAAGAUCGACCCCGGUUGACCAAGAAGUUCUGUGAGGCAAGCUGGAGGUUUCUCUUCUACCUGUCCUCCUUUGUGGGUGGCCUCUCCGUCCUGUAUCACGAGCCAUGGCUGUGGGCACCAGUAAUGUGCUGGGACAAUUACCCAGACCAGACCCUGAAGCCAUCCAUGUACUGGUGGUACCUCUUCGAGAUGGGUUUCUACCUCUCACUGCUAAUGAGGCUGCCCUUUGAUGUCAAGCGCAAGGAUUUUAAAGAGCAGGUGAUGCAUCACUUCGUGACAGUCAUCCUGAUGACCUUCUCCUACAGCGCCAACCUGGUGCGCAUUGGCUCUCUGGUGCUGCUGUUACACGAUUCGUCCGACUACCUGCUGGAGGCCUGUAAGAUGGUCAACUACACGCAGUAUCGGCGAGUGUGCGAUGCUCUCUUCCUCAUCUUCUCCUUGGUCUUCUUCUACACCCGCCUGGUGCUUUUCCCCACCCAGAUCCUCUACACCACAUACUAUGAGUCCGUCAGCAACACCGGCCCCUUCUUCGGCUACUACUUCAUGAACAUGCUUCUGACAUUGCUGCAGCUGCUACAUGUGUUCUGGUCUUGCCUCAUCCUGCGCAUGCUCUAUAGCUUCAUGAAGAAGGGCCAGAUGGAGAAGGACAUUCGUAGUGACGUGGAAGAAUCGGACUCCAGUGAGGAGGAGGUGGCAGCAACCCAGGAACCUCUCCAGCUAAAGAACGGGGCGGCUCGAGGGCCCAGGGCAGUUCCUGCUGACGGCCCUCGGAGCCGGGUGACCGGGCGUCUGAACAACAGUCACACAACGGCCACAUAGCCAAGUGGGGGCUGGCCAUGAGGGGCUGCCCCCAGCACCUUGGAUACUUCUGGGGUGAUGGGACUGGCAGUCCUGGGGCCACCUUUCCGGAGACAGGGAGGGCCCCACCCGGGGUGGGCGGGGAGGGCUGAUGAUCUGUCUCCUGCCCCUUCCUUCUGCCCACCCGCCCUCCUUCCCACUGGGCAACUGGACAGAGCUGAGAGGCAGCAGCUGGAUGCCUCAGCUGGCCACAGACACCUCUGGGCUGCAGCCUGCAUGGGGAGCCCCAGGCUGAAAAGGGUCCAAUAAAACAUAAAUGGAGCCAUA